UACCCUCGCCGCCGCCAAGUUUUUGAAACCCUAAACCCCAAUAUACUGCCCGUUUCUCAGUCUCAUCGCAAACUGUGAAAUAGCGGCCGGCGACACUCUACAUCUCCGUUAUCUGAGACACUGGUGUAGCUCACCAUGGGAGGAUCUCGAGCUCAAGUCAAUAAGGCUCACAAAACCCGUUUCUCCUCUAAAUCUUCUAGGAACAUUCACAAAAUAUCCCAAAAAGAUAAGAAUCGGAUUGCAAAAUCGAGCAAAAAUGUAACGCAGGGAGCCCGAGCUGCUCGGCUUCAGCGAAACAAGAUGCUAAGAGAGCAGAAGAAGGCAGCUAUUUUGAAAGAGAAAAGGGCUUCAAGUGGAUCAGCCAGCCCUCCCCGUGUUAUUAUUCUUUUCCCUCUAUCUGCAUCUGUGAAUGUAAGCUCACUUGCCGAAGAUAUUUUGAGAUUGCUAUCAACAGAAGUCAGCGGAGCUGUUCCAUCAACAGUAGCUUCUUCAGAGUACAAACUACGAGCAACAGUACUGCAAGCUCCACAUGGGGAUCUUUUAUCGUGCAUGGAAAUGGCCAAGGUUGCUGAUUUGAUCGCUUUUGUGGCAUCAGCUACUGAAGAAAGCACAUGUGCCUUUAUUGAUUCAUUUGGAAGUCACUGCCUUUCAGUGUUCAGGUCUCUAGGUUUACCAAGCACUGUCGUGUUCAUUCGUGAUCUACCUACUGAGAUUAAACGUCGAAAUGAUGCAAAAAAGAUUGUUAUUUCUAGUCUCACUUCUGAAUUUCCAGAGGAUUGUAAGUUUUAUCCUGCAGAUUCGAAGGACGACUUGCACAAGUUCAUGUGGCUUUUCAAGGAGCAAAGGCUGACAGCUCCUCAUUGGAGAAAUCAACGGCCUUAUCUGAUGGCCCAAAAGGUUGAUCUGGUUCCAGAUGACUCUAGUCCAGAAAAGUGCAUCCUUCUUCUCUCUGGUUAUACACGUGCCCACAGCCUCUCAGUGAAUCAGCUGGUUCAUGUGUCUGGUGCAGGGGAUUUUCAAUUGAGUAAAAUUGAAAUCAUGAAAGAUCCUAUCCCUUUAAAUGCUAGAAAAGACCAUAAUGCUAUGGAUUCUGACGACAUUCAAGAUGUUGAGGUCAUUCGUUCCCUAACUCCUGAUCCAUUAAGCCAAGAGCCUUUGCUUGUUGAGAAUGUUCCAGAUCCACUAGCUGGAGAACAGACAUGGCCCACAGAGGCAGAAAUGGCUGAUGCUGAAAGAAACCAAAAGCAAAAGAGGAUGAAAAAAAGAACUCUCCCUCGGGGCACUUCCGAAUAUCAGGCUGCUUGGAUCAUAGAUGAUACAGACGAAGAGGAUUCUACUGCCGAGGAUGAUGAUGAUGAUGAUGAUGAGGAUGGCAUGGUAUUGGAUGAAGGAGAAAGUGGCUUUCCUAGUCAAGAAGUCACCAAUAAUCCAGACUUCGAGGAAGAUCAAACUUCCUUGUACCUAAGGGACUCUGAUGAAGAAACUGAAAACGAUUCAGUGAUGAUGGAAGGGGAGAAUUUAACAAGGGAACAGAUAGAGGAUGAGAUUAAGAAAAUAAAAGAGGCACAUGCUGAAGAUGAGGAAUUUCCAGAUGAAGUGGACACUCCGCUAGAUGUUCCUGCUAGAAAGCGAUUUGCAAAAUAUAGAGGCCUCAAGUCCUUUAGGACAUCCUCGUGGGACCCCAAAGAAUCUCUGCCUCCAGAAUAUGCCAGAAUUUUUGCAUUUGAUAACUUUGCAAGAACACAGAAGCAUGUUAUUGCAAAAGCCUUAAAAAUGGAGCAAGAAGGAAGAGAUGAUUGUGCACCAGCUGGUUCAUAUGCAAGGCUUUAUAUUAAGGAUGUACCUCUUCACGUUGCUUCAAAAUUGUGUGCAGCCUUUAGAACAGCACCUGUUAUAUUAUGUGGUCUCCUGCAACAUGAGUCUAAGAUGUCUGUGCUUCAUUUUAGUAUAAAGAAGGUUGAUAGUUAUGAUGCUCCUAUUAAAACGAAGGAAGAACUCAUAUUUCAUGUUGGUUUCCGCCAGUUUGUUGCUAGACCGAUAUUUUCGACCAACAAUAUUAAUUCAGAUAAGCACAAGGUGGAAAGGUUUCUUCAUGCGGGGCGUUUUUCAAUAGCCUCAAUAUAUGCUCCUAUUUCUUUCCCACCCCUUCCUUUGAUAGUUCUCAAGGGUGUUGCAGGAGGGGGCACACCUGCAAUUGCUGCUGUUGGUUCCUUGAGGAGUGUUGACCCUGAUAGAAUAAUUUUAAAGAAGAUCAUAUUAACUGGUUAUCCCCAAAAGGUAUCCAAGUUGAAGGCUACAGUACGCUAUAUGUUCCAUAAUCCGGAGGAUGUGAGAUGGUUUAAGCCGGUAGAAGUGUGGACUAAGUGCGGUCGUCGUGGUAGAGUGAAGGAACCCGUUGGUACCCAUGGGUCAAUGAAAUGCAUAUUCAAUGGGGGUCUUCAGCAGCAUGACACUGUUUGUUUGAGUUUAUACAAACGUGCAUAUCCAAAGUGGCCGGAACACCGGUUCCCGGUUCUUAAUGCUUGAUCGGGACUCUUAAUGUGUGAAAAAUUUUGAUACCGUUUUCGUGUUUGCUGUUG